AUGUCUUUAAAUCCAAUGAAAAAAUUUCCAUUGCGAUAUAAUGUUUUAUCAGGUAAAUCAGACAUAGUUUUGGUAAAAUGCCCAAAUAAUAAUUAUAAACAUAAUGAAAUUGGUGAUAUAUUUCAUUCAAAAAAAAAUUAUAAUUUUAUACCAAAUAGUGUAGUAUUUAAAACUUUAAAAACUGAAUGGUAUGGUGUUUCAAAUUAUCAAUCAAAUUCCAAUAUUACAUAUUUUAAUUGUGGUACAUUAGAGCUUAAGAUUCUCCCUAAUACAACUAUGAAUUGGAAUGCAACUAUAACUUGGGCAAAAGAUUUUAAUUCAUCAACUUAUGAUAGAUUUUUAAAUGUAGCAAGAAAAAUAUAUCAUUGGCAUAACGAAAAUCAAAUUUUUGUAAGAAAUAAAAAUAGACUGGUAUCAAAUUUUUAUGGAAAAUCAAAAAUUGACUAUUAUAAAAAUGAUAAAAUUUAUGUGUUUAGAGAACCAGAUUUUGAUAAAGAAUUUUUAAUACCUGAUAUUAUUUUUGUUCCUGUUCAUAUCCCUCCAAAUAUUGACAUUAUAGUUGAAGAAAAUAGAAUAAUAAAUAUACAACAUAAUAUUUUAACAAAAAUUAUCAAAAAUAAUGAAAGUGAAACAUUUAAUAUCAAACUUUUAAUUAAAGGAAAGGAUUAUAGCAGUUUACAAUUUUAUAAGCAUGAGAAAGUAGAAGUUAGUAUUGUUAAUAUACAUUACAAUGGAACUUAUAUUUAUUCUCCUUAUGUAUUAUCCUUAAACAAUACUGUUACUAUAGAUUACUAUGGAAUCAUUGAUGUAAAAUAUUAUUGUAACAUGUGUUUAAAUACUAUGUUUAAUGUUAGUAAACAAAACAUAAUCAAAACAUUUUACUUUGGACCAAUAGAAAAAAAUCACGUUAAAGUUUUACCUGAUGUCAUAACUAACAGUAGAGAAUAUUAUCAUACGCAACCUAGUUGCCCUUUAAAUGAUUAUAAUUUUUCUCGUCCCUAUCAGAUGAAAUUUAAUGGAUUAUCUGUUCUUGUAGAAGAUAUUUUAAAAAAUAAAACAUUUACAGUUGGAAAUUUUUCACUUUUUAAUGAUACUAUUUUUUUUACAAACAAAUCUUAUAAUGGAGUACUUGAAUGUGUUUAUAUUACUUUAGACGGAGGAACAUUUACAACAAAGGUUACAUUCAGAGGAGAAAUAAUUUUUUUAACUGGAGAAAAAAAAAUGAAUUUUAUUAUAAGCUUGAUUAUAAAUUUAACGUUACUUUUUAUAUUUAUCGCUUCGGUAAUAGCUGUUACUAUUGGUAUGAUAUAUCUUAAAAGAAAAAAGAAGAGAAUGAUUAGAAAAAAACAAUUAAAAAGAUAUGAAGAAAAAAUGAGAGAUGGGAAAAAUGUUUAUACAAUGGAUACUGAAAGUUCUUACGAUAAGUUAAAAUUAUUAGAUGAUAAAACAAUUACUUCUACAACUUAG